AUGGAAGGCAUUCAGGUCCAGAAACAUGAAAAUGAAACCAUUAAGCCUCUAGACCCUGAAGAAUUCCGAAAGCAAGGCCACAUGGUCAUUGAUUUCCUCGCUGAUUAUUACGAAAAUGUUGAGAAAUAUCCUGUCCGAAGCCAAGUCCAACCGGGGUAUCUCCGGCAACGGUUGCCAGAAUCUGCACCCUGUGAACCGGAACCGCUUGAAGAAAUUCUGCGAGAUGUGCAGAAAGAUAUAGUUCCAGGUAUUACACAUUGGCAGAGUCCAAAUUACUUUGCUUAUUUUCCUUCCAGUGGAAGCACUGCAGGAUUUCUAGGGGAAAUGCUUAGCACUGGGUUCAAUGUUGUGGGUUUCAACUGGAUGUCGUCGCCGGCGGCGACGGAGCUGGAGAGUAUAGUGAUGGAUUGGCUGGGGAAAAUGCUAAAGCUUCCCAAUGAAUUCCUGUUUUCCGGCGGCGGCGGUGGGGUUCUACAGGGAACCACCUGCGAGGCCAUAUUGUGCACGGUGGUGGCCGCCAGGGAUCAGAUGUUGAAGAAGAUCGGUAGGGAGAAUAUCAACAAACUUGUGGUGUAUGGAUCUGAUCAAACCCACUCUGCAUUGCAAAAGGCAGCUCAAAUCGCAGGUAUCAACCCCAACAAUUUCCGAGCAGUCUCAACUACAAAGGCUGAUGCAUUUGGACUCGCCGCUGAGGCACUCCGAUCAACAAUUGAGGCCGACAUCGAAGCGGGGCUUGUUCCAUUAUUCCUCUGCGCUACCAUCGGAACCACCUCUUCAACCGCCGUUGAUGCACUGAAUCCACUCUGUGAAGUUGGGAAAGAGUUCGGAAUCUGGGUUCAUGUUGAUGCUGCAUAUGCAGGUAGUGUAUGCAUUUGCCCCGAGUUUCGCCAUUUUCUUGACGGCGUUGAAAAUGCAGAUUCUUUCAGUUUCAACGCACACAAAUGGUUCUUCAGCACCCUCGACUGUUGCUGCCUUUGGGUGAAAAACCCGGGCGCCCUAGUCAAGGCUCUAUCGACCUAUCCUGAGUACUUGAGAAACAAAGCCUCUGAAUCUAAACAGGUCGUCGAUUAUAAAGAUUGGCAAAUCACACUCAGCCGGAGGUUCAGGUCCCUAAAAUUAUGGCUCGUUCUCCGCAGCUAUGGCGUCGACAAUCUCAGAAAAUUCCUUAGAAGUCACGUAAACAUGGCAAAAAAUUUUGAGGGCCUAAUAGCCAUGGACAAGAGGUUUGAAGUGGUCGUACCUAGAAAUUUCUCUACUGUCUGUUUCAGGAUUUCACCGAUAGAAAUCGGAAAAAAUCAGAUCAUCACCAUGGAGGAAGCCACCAAUAACUUCAACUCCAAGUUACUGGAAUCCAUCAACGAGUCCGGUAAGAUAUACAUGACUCAUGCAGUGAUCGGCGGCGUAUAUGUGAUGCGGUUUGCAGUGGGUGCGAGCCUUACAGAAAAUUGGCACGUCAACUUGGCAUGGAAGGUUGUGCAGGAGCAUGCAAAUGCUCUAUUGAACAUGUCGUGA